AUGGAUGAUACAGAAUUUGAUCAAGUACCACAAAUUUUAUUUCAAGGUAUAUCUUCACUUGAAAAAAUGGGUGCUCCAGGAACACUUAUUCCAUUAACAAAUGAUACUCGUGCGGUUUUAUGUGGUGCAGAUUCAAAUAAUGUUAUUAUUGUUGCUACUCGAUUUGGUCAAGGUCGUUGUUUAGUAUUUGCUCAUAAUAGUUAUCCAGGAAUAUUUUUAAAUAUUGAAAAAAAAAAUCAACAAUUUGUGGAAAAUUGUCGACAAUGGCUUGCAAGAGGACAUGAAACUGAAUUUUUAUCAAUUAAUCAAGCUAAAACAAUGCAUGAUAUAGCAACUGAUGGAAAAAUUCUUGUUUGGGAUGGUCAUCGUUCAAAAUCAGAUACACUUAUGAAUGAUUUAUGUGAUUAUUUACAACGUGGUGGUGCAUUGAUUUGUGGAACAACAGCAUGGGGUUGGUUACAACAAAAUCCUGGCAAACUUUUACCAGAUUUUCCAUUUGCACGUUUUUGUGAUUAUAUUGGAGUUAAAGUUACAGAUAAUUAUGCGAAUUGUUCAAAUCCAAUACAAUUUCGAGAAGAUUUAAUUCAAUUUAAAAAUGUUUAUAAUGUUGUUCAAAAUUUAACAGAUAAUCCAAAUAAUGCACAAGAUUUAGCUAUUGUUGGAUCAGCUAUUAAAGAAUUAGGUGAUACAUUACCUGGAGUACCAAUUGAAACUUUACAAGAUAUUGUUAUGAAUGCAGGUCAAGAAGUAAUACCAGCUCAAAGUUGUCCAGUUCGAAACAAAACUCACCGAGAACAAUCAAGUGGAAUUUGUGGUAUUAUGUGUGCUUUACCGGGUAUUAAAGCGCCAGGUGUUCGAAAUUUUCCGGGAGAUUUUGAUCGACCACCACAUAUUUUAACAAAUGUUCAAUGUCGUAUAGAAUCGAAAGCUAAUGAAUGGUAUUGUACAGGAUAUUAUGUUGCUGCUGGUAUUCCAAUUCAGAUUGAUGUUUUAGAACAAAAAGGACCAACGGGAUGGACAGCUAGAAUUGGAUGUCAUAGUGAUGAUCUUGGAAGAUGUGAUGAAUUCCGUCGAUGGCCUUGUAUUUCAAUAUGUAGACCAUUAUCAAAUAAAACAACGAAAAUGAGUUCAGCAUUUGGUGGUUUACUAUUUUUUCAAAAUUCUAGUGAUGGAUCAAGUUCGAUUUCUGUUAAUCUUCAUCAUGUAGUUUUAACACCAACAUAUGAUAUAACAGAUCCAAAUCGUGCUGAACUAUGGAAAUAUAGAUGUUCUAAUGCACCUGGUUUAUGGGCUGAUAUAUCUGGUCGAUAUAUUGCAUUUAAUCUUCCAUCUAAAAGUGUAAUACAUUUAAAAUCUGCUGAAUUGGAUCGAGUUAUACAAUUUUGGGAUUCGAUUGUUCUUGCUCAUCAUGAUCUACGUGGAACAAAACCAAUACAUCGUGAACGUAUUGUUUGUGAUGAACAACCAUCAGCUGGUUAUAUGCAUAGUGGAUAUCCAGUUGUUACACAUUUGGAUGUAUGUGAUUCGAAUUCAGAAGAUUUUAUAUUUAAUAGUGAAAAAUUAGAAACAAAUGGUGCUUGGGGUUUAUUUCAUGAACUGGGACAUAAUAUGCAGCAAGGUUGGUGGACAUUUGAAGGUACUGGUGAAGUAACGGUAAAUAUAUUUACUUUACAUGCUAUGGAUAAAGUUUGUCAUCUUGAACCAUGGAUACAUACAUGGUUACAAGAUCAAAUAUCAAGUACAAAAACAUAUAUUGAAAAAGGAUCAAAUUUUAAUGAAUGGAAAGAAAAACCCGGUGUUGCUUUGUUUAUUUAUGCUCAAUUAAUUCGAGAAUAUGGUUGGUCAAGUUAUAAAGAUGUAUUUCGUAAAUAUGAAGAAAUACAACCAAAACUUGGUUCAGAUCAAGAAAAAAUGGAUUAUUGGAUAACAACAUUUUCACGACAAGUUGGUCAUAAUUUAGUACCAUUAUUUAAAUUUUGGGGUUUUCCAAUUUCGAAAUCGACUAUAGAUGAUUUGAAAAAACUUCCUAUUCCACAAAUUUAUGAUCAACUUAUUCAAGUAGCACCAGAACGUUAUAGUAUUUAA